AUGGAGUAUUACAGGCCAUACAGGUCCAGACACAUCGAUUGCGAUGUCAAGACUCGCAUAACAGCGGCCUGGUCAAAGUGGCGUGAGGUGGCAGAUGUUGUCUGUGACCCCAAAAUGCCGGUUAGGCUAAAUGGGCAGGUCUCUAAAGCCAUCAUGAGGCCUGUCCUAUUGUAUAGCAGCGAGACGUGGCCUGUGCUGGAGCGGCUCAAGCAAAACCUGUAUGACACGGAAAUGAACAUGCUGCGCUGGAUGUGUGGAGUAUCACGGAAGGACGGCGCGAGGGAAUCCCGUAUCCGCGGCAGCCUUCAUGUCCGUGACAUAGCGGACAAAAUGCAGAAGAGCCGCCUACGAACAACGCCUUGCAGCAAACGGCAGACUACUUGGGGAACAGAUGUCUGA